CUUUCUUCGCUUCCCCUCCCCGUUUCGCCGUGGCUGGUGAAUGGCUGAGUCACGAAAAGCCGCUGCCGCCUGCCGAUGCGGAGGCCAUGGCUUGGGCUGCGUCCUCUUUACCCUCCGAUAAAUCUCGGUUUAUCUGUAUAUAUCCAGCCUACAUAAAUAACAAGAAGACAAUAGCAGAAGGAAGAAGAAUACCACUUGACAAAGUAAUUGCUGUUGAAAAUCCUACGUCUACAGAAAUCCAAGAUGUUUGUGCAGCAGUUGGUCUUAAUGUGCUUUUGGAGAAAAACAAAAUGUAUCCCAGGGAAUGGAACCGUGAUGCACAGUAUAGGGGCAGAGUGCGUAUUCAGCUGAAGCAAGAAGAUGGUAAUCCAUGUCAACCUCAGUUUCCAACACGUAAGGCAGUGAUGUUAUAUGCAGCAGAAACAAUUCCCAAACUGAAAACAAGGACACAGAAAAUGGGAGGCAGUGAUCCAUGUCUACAGCAAGGAGAAGGAGGCAAAAAAAAUAAAGGAAAAAAGAAGAAAUGAAUGUAACAUGGACUAAUGCUGUAUUUUCAGAUGAAUAUGGUUGCAGAGGAAUAAUGACUUCAGAUGAGAGUUGGACAGACCAGUGAAAACAUGCAAAGCUAUUUUGUGGUAAUUUCUGAAUUGGAAUGCAUUUCAUUUUGCAUAAUAUGGUUGAACCAUUUGGAAACAUAGCCAGAAAAUCCUACUCUAGUACUUAAAACAUGUGGAAAGAGAAUGUUUUAAUGUAUUGAAAUAUUUGUACAAAUAGAUGCAGUUCAUACUUUACAAAGCUGUUUGCCUUGGAUACAUUUUCACUUGAUACCUUACAAUGAAACACGUUGUUGUGAUGCUGGGCUUCUGAAAUUAUUUCUCUUUAUUACAAUAAACAUAUGUUUGAGUUAAA